AUGGUGGGAGUAUUUCUAGACAUAGAGGGAGCAUUUAACUGCACCUCUAUAGAAGCAGUUGUCAAAGGGGCACGACUACAUGGGAUGCCUGGACCAUUAAUAAAAUGGCUUCAGGGUUAUGCUUACACGCAGGACUGUGAUCUCGAGUUUCGGAACCGUAACGGUCUCCGGCAAGGAAGUGAAUUUGGCGCAGCCAUGGACGCCAUGCAGCUUGCAUUAAGGAAAGUAGAGAGAUGGUGCUGCUCGACGGUUAACCCGGAUAAAGUCGAAAUGGUGAUCUUCUCCCGCAAGUACAAGUUAGAUGCCUACAGAGCGCCCAAACUCUCUGGAGUCGCCCUACAGGUAAAGGGCUCAGCUAAGUACUUCGGCAUUGUUCUGGAUAAAAAGUUAACCUGGGAGAAGCAUCUCACGGCCCAGUGCGAUAAAUUCCUGAUGGCUCUCUGUACAUGUCACAGGGCAUUUGGCAGUACAUGGGGACUAAGUCCCCGGAUUAUACUGUGGCUAUACAGGGCCGUCCUAGUACCUCGUCUGGCCUACGCCGCGUUGGUCUGGUGGCUAAGGGCGGACCUGGCGGGUGCUAGGGCAGCGCUAGAGAAACUCAGGGGACAGGUGCUAAGGGGGGCGACAGGGGCUUAUAGGAUCACGCCUACCAAGGCACUUGGAAUCCUUGUGAAGACUCAAUGCGUACGGACAAUGGACACAAGGCACGAGGCACACCCGGCUCCCUGGUGGGGUGGGUUCUUGUCGGAAUUUUCCAUCAAAAGUGAUAUGAUGAUCCCGCGCUACUUCUUUGGAAGAAGAUACGGGGUCGUGAUACCGACAAGAGAAGAAUGGAAGGCCCGCAGGGACAGUCUACCAGGAACUGGGGACGUCUGGUACACAGAUGGCUCUAGGGCAGAGACUGGCACUGGUUCGGGCUACUACUGCCAAAGGGAUGGAAGGGGAACCUUCUUUUCCCUGGGGCGGUAUGCUACGGUCUUCCAGACCGAUAUAUAUGCUAUACUGACCUGCGCUCAGAGGAACAUUGAACUCGGCGCAAGGGAUAGAAUUAUCACCAUUUGCUCAGACAGCCAGGCGGCACUUAGAGCACUUAUGGCUCAUAGGACGACCUCCAUACUGGUCAGGCUGUUCUGGGUCCCAGGGCACACCGGGAUCAGGGGUAACGAAAUAGCAGAUAGACUUGCAGCUUUGGGAGCUAAACACCCUCCAAUCGGGCCGGAGCCCUACACAGGUGCCGCAAGGUGCCUGCUAACGGACGAAAUCCGGGGCUGGGUUGAGAGGGAGCAUACUAAGGAAUGGCAAGGAACUCAAGGAUGCAGACAAGCCAAAGCAGUAAUGAUACGGGACACCAAUGUCGGCUGGACCAAGUGCAUCGCAGGAGACAGCAGAAAUAACUCCCAACUCCUGACAUAG